GUGUCAGGGUAGAAGAAACUAUAUCAAGGUUACACAGUGUCAAGGUAGAAGAGACUAUAUCAGAGUUAUACAGUGUGAAGACAGCAAGGAGACUGCAUCCAGGUUACAUUGUGGAGACAUAACAAGAGGCUAUAACCUGGUUAUGUACUGGCUUUACACUGAUCUUAAGGUGAUUAUCUACGGGUGCUACAGUCGAGAGUCUGUAUCAUGUACACCAACAAUUAUACAGUAAAAAUACAAGAAAAUCAGUCGUGAAGAUAGCAUAAGAGAGAUAUGAUAAUUACAUUUAAAGUGAUUUAAAAUAUUUAAACGGUUUCUUAAACUUAUUGAACAGAAAGAAGAGGGAAAAUAAACACUAAAAAAAUAUACUUUGGAAAGAGGAAAGAUUAAAGAGAAGAAAGUUGGAAGCAGAGAGAGGACAACAGGAGACUAAUGGAGAGUCAGCAACAUAAAACAGAGCCAGGAGUACUACUGUUUCUCCCUAGCUUCUGUUAACAGGUGAACCGUGACUGAGGAAAGAACCUGAAGCAAAUGUGGGCUAAGUGGCAGUAUGAUGGAGUGAAAUCUGAUCCAAGAAAGGUGAGCGGCAGACACACACACUACCAUCACCCAGCUACCGCUCUACCAACUCUCUUCAUUAAUUACGAUACCAAUAUCGGCCCACACCACUACACAACCUGCCACAGAGCUGCUCCACCACCAAUUACGUGUAUUACAUGUUUCCCAUCCAACAGAAGCUUGGCGAACGGAAACAGAUGAAGCAGCGGUCGUGUGGACACUCCUUCUGACAACUCUUAACAGGAUAAUGGGAUCACAGGCAUGGCUUCUUGUGGGAGCAGUGGCGGUGAUAGCCACUGAGGUGCUGGUGGAGGCUCGGUGCCCAGUUUCCUGCAGAUGUAAAUAUGACACAGAGGGCAGAAAGGCUGUCACUUGUGAUGCUGGCAGCCUUGCAGACCCCAUCCCCAUAUUUAAUAUGGACAGAGACACCAAGGUUCUGACAAUCACAUCCCCAGAGGACCAGCCCAAUACACUCACAAUGGGCCCCAUCUUCUCAACAUUAUCUCAGCUUGAGGAGAUUCAUAUUACUCGCUCCAAUGUGCCAGCUAUUGGCGAGAACACUUUCUGGGGCCUUAGACACCUCAAACUACUCAACCUGACUAACAACAACAUUACUCUUCUUCUUGACUCUCAUCUCAGGGGAAUGCGAGAGCUUGAGGUACUCCACCUGGAUGACAAUCAUAUAAAUACUGUUGCAUCAGCAACAUUCAAGUCCCUGGAGAGUCUGGAGAUCUUAACAAUUGCCAGGAAUAAGCUGCGGGGUUUGGCACCCAGGAUGUUCCUGCUCCUCAACCGACUCAAAAUGCUUGAUCUUAGUGGUAAUGCCAUUCAGGAUCUAGAUCCUGAGGUGUUGAAAGAUGUUCCUGCUUUAAGGACGUUAAGAUGCUCUGAGUGUGGCUUAUCGAGAGUAAAGUCUCUUGUGUAUCGGGUCAUUCCACUGUUGGAAACACUUGACCUUCGCAACAAUUAUAUCACAUCACUGGCCCCUGAGGAAUAUAUGGACCUAAACAACCUCAGACGACUUUUCUUGGAUGGCAACAGAAUUUUUGAGUUAAAGGAUUAUACAUUUCAAGGUUUGGCUUUACAGCACCUAGGAUUGGCUAGAAAUAGGAUGGAGAAAAUUUCAAGAAUGGCCUUCGAGGACUGUUCUGUACUGAGCAUCGAUUUUUCAUCCAACAAGCUGCAGUAUUCUUCUUUUAGACAUCUGAGCCCUGUCAUCACUCAUAUGCAUGACAUUAACAUUGCUAAUACCCACAUCAGUCCAGAACAUGUUCGUGAGUUUCUCAAGCGAGCUACAAGACUGAAGAAACUCAAUUUGAGCCGUCUGAAUCUUAACCAACUCUUACCCAACAUGUUUACUUCUCAGACCAAAUUGGAGGUGCUUAAUUUAUCAAGCAAUGGUCUCCAAUACAUUCCUGUGGACAUUCUUCACUCCUUACCAAGUCUGCAUACCUUGGAUCUACGCAGGAAUGAAUUCCGUGGAAUGCCAGAGAUUAUUUUACGUCGUCUAGAUCGAAUUCAUAAUGUAGAAUUAGAUGCAAAUCCUUGGUCGUGUGACCAGUGCCAUAUACCUUAUCUGAAAAUUUGGCUUAAUAAUUCCCGGAGUUUCAGGAAAGCCUGCUACCCAGAUGUGGAUGCUCCCAAGUGCCUCAAGUGCCAGUCACCCAUGGAGAUGUAUGACAAGCCAAUAAUUGAAAUUGAAGGCUUGGAAUUACAACCUUGCCCAGAAGGAACCUUUGAUGUUGCAGCUGCAAGUGCUAGCUCUUCGAAUUUCUCACUUGUGCUUGCAGUAGUAACGGCAUCAGUGGUAAUCAUCCUCCUGCUCAUUAUUUUGGUCACAGGUAUUAUCAUGUACAACCGCCAUACUGCUUUCUACUACACCCAUGAAAACGACUCCAGACAUCACUUCUAUGAGAACCCAGCCCUCCACUCCGAUCACACUGAUAUUACUCUGGAUGAAGACCUGGAUCACCUUCCCGAGAAGGACUCAAGAAUAGAUGGACAGCACAACUCCUCCAGAGAUGUAACCAAUGCUGACAAAGCAGAAAUUCCAUUGGGAGGUAAGAAACAAGUUGUUGAUAACAAUGUGGUUGUGAUUGAUGAAUUGAUAAGGAAUAAGAAUGGAAAGUCAUCACAUAAUGGAAAAUCCUGAGGAUACUUUUAUGAUACUAAUUAUGACAGAAAAAAUGUUUGAUCCUAAGCAUUUAUAACACUGCUUGCUAAUUAGAUACUUUUCUAAUUGAGAAUAAUAGAAAAUGAGUUCCUCAUUGGUUUAAACCAAGAUAAAAGAGGAAUCAGCAGUCAUAAUUUGUGGAGCUUGGCGUGUGAACGUAAUAUAUCCCAACUACCAUGACUUGCUAGCACAUCACAGUAGUGUUUAUAAUGGGGCAGGCAUGUAAUCUGCUUGCCCUCACCCAAAGCUGCUUUACAUUUUGUCUAAAUGGAACUUUAGUCCCACAAUUAAAUGUGUAUUAUAUUCCCCAGAACAUUUUUGCACCCCUUUGUACAUUAUAGUACAGACAUACACAUUUGUAAUGUAGUUUAAAACUUUCCAUAUAUUGUGAACCAAGUUCUGUCAGAGGAUGAUACUCUAGGCCUUUCAGAUGGAUAAAUAUUGUGUUAAACAUAUGAGUGAUUUAUAGAUAUAUUUUUGAGGUUUUUCUUUAAUCUGCUCUGUGUGUAUGUAUAAAUAUAUAUAAUUUUUUUUUCAACAAGUCGGCUGUCUCCCACUGAGGCCGGGUAACCCAGAUAGAAAGAAAAACCCAAAAAAGAAAGAAAAAUACUUUCAUCAUCAUUCAACACUUUCACCAUCACUCAUACAUAAUCACUGUAUUUGCAGAAGUGCUCAGAUACAACAGUUUAGAAGUCCCUCCAAACUGCCAAUAUCCAAACCCCUCCUUUAAAGUGCAGGCAUUGUACUUCCCAUUUCCAGGAUUCAAGUCCUGCUAACUGGUUUCCCUGGACCCUUCAAAAAAUAUUACCCUGCUCACACCCCAACAGCUCAUCAGGUCCCAAAAAUCAUUUGUCUCCAUUCACUCCUAUCUAACACGCUCAUGCAUUCUUGCUCGAAGUCCAAGCCCCUUCCCCACAAGACCUCCUUUACCCCCUUGCUCCAACCUUUUCUAGAUGACCCCCCUACCCCGCCUUCCUUGCCCUAUAGAUUUAUAUGCUCUUCAAGUCUUUCUACUUUGUUCCAUUCUGUUUAAAUGACCAAACCACCACAACAAACCCUCUUCAGCCCUCUGAUUAAUACUUUUAGUAACUCCACACUUCCUCCUAAUUUCCACAUUCCGAAUUCUCUGCAUAAUAUUUACACCCUUAGACAGGACAUCUCCACUGCCUCCAGCCGCCUCGCUGCAGCAUUUACAAUCUAAGCUUCAUGCCCAUAUAAGUGUGUUGGUACUACUACACCAUACAUUCCCAUUUUUGCUUCCAUAGAUAACGUUUUUUGUCUCCACAGAUACAUCGACACACCACACACCUUUUUUCCUUCAUCAAUUCUAUGAUUAACCUCAUCCUUCAUAAACCCAUUCACUGACAAGUCAACUCCCAAAUAUCUGAAAACAUUCACUUCUUCCAUACCCCCCUCUCUCCAAUGUGAUAUCCAAUUUUUCUUUAUCUAAAUUGUCUGAUACCCUCAUCACCUUACUCUUAUCUAUGUUCACUUUCAAUUUUCUACCUUCACACAUCCUCCCAAACUCGUCCACUAACCUCUGCAACUUUUCUUUAGAAUCUCCCAUAAGCACAGUAUCAUCAGCAAAAAGUAACUGUGCCAACUCCCAUUUUGUACUUGAUUCCCCAUAAUUUAAUCCCAACCCUCUCCAGAACACCCUAGCAUUUACUUCUUUUACAUCCCCAUCAAUAAAUAUAUUAAAUAACCAUGAUGACAUUACACAUCCCUGUCUAAGACCUACUUUUACUGGGAAGUAAUAUUCUUCUCUCCUACAUACCCUAACCUGAGCCUCACUAUCCUCAUAAAAACUCUUUACAGCAUUUAAUAGUUUACUACCUAUUCCAUAUACGUACUUGCCACAUCUGCCACAUUGCUCCCCUAUCCACUCUAUCAUAUGCCUUUUCUAAAUCCAUAAAUGCAGUGAAAGCUU